AUGAUUGCAGCAACAAAGGGUGGCGGGUCGUCUGGUGAUGGUGCCAUCAUGGGAUACUGUAGCGGGUCACCGGAUGACGGUGCUGACUCAAGAAGUGGUGGCAGGUCACCAGAUGAUGGUGUUGGUUCAAGAGACAAUGGCAGGCCACCGGAUGAUGGUGAUGCUUUAAAAGAUGGUGACGAGCCACCAGAGGAUGACACUGUUUCAAGAGAUGGUUGCGGUCCACCGGAGGAUGGCGCUGUCGGAGUGCUGGCUGCUUCCAAUGAUGCCAUCGGGUGUAUCGGGCUAUACGGUGGUUCCGAUGGCUCACCCAUCAUCUUCUUCGUCAUGCGUGGUUAG